UUUUUUUUUCUUUUCUCACACAAUACUUUAUUCUAUCUUUUUAUUUGAUUCGCAAACCCCUCUUUCUCCUUCUUUAUUUAUUACCCUUAUUUUAUUUGAUAUACAGUUUGAUCAACCUUGUCAGCAUGGAGUGAAUGAUUAUCUCUUUUCAACUCCAUUGUUAGCUUUUUUCGGUCUUGAAGAAUAUAACUUUUACAACUAUCUGGAUCAACAAUAUUUAUUCACAAACAACAAUAUUUAAAGAAAAAGGUCGUCAAUUCACCCCCAAAAAAAACGACGUUUUAUAUACAUUAUAUUAUUACGCCAACUGACAAUUAUUACUUAUCUUUCCUACUAUUUAUCCAGAAACAAUAUUUUUUAUUCUCAUGGAUCUCGACGAACUUUACGAUAUUCAACAGAAUGAAAUUGAAGCCUUACAAGCUAUCUUUAUGGAAGACUAUGAGGCUGUAAUAAACAAUCCUUGGAAGGUGGCGCGACCGAAUCCUGAAUUCAUACUUCAUCUAUGUCCUCUUGGUGUUGAAACUGAAGAAGCUCAUGUCACUAUUGAUUUGAAGUUCAGAUUCCCAAAAACGUAUCCGAACAAACCACCUGAAAUGCAAGUACUACGACCUAAAGGAUUGACACCAAAAACGGUACGACAAUUAUCUCAUUCACUUGAUAAUGCGGCUCAAGACAUGAUAGGCAGGGAAAUGGUAUAUGAUUUAGCUGAUCAUGCUCGUGCUUUUCUUGCAAAUCAUAAUGCUCCUCCUCCUGAAGAUAACAAACUCAGCUUCCAUGAACAAAUGGUCCUUCGAAUGGAAAAUGAUUUGCGGGCUGAAAAAGAACGUGAACUUGAAGAACAAACACGACGGGCUGAACAAGAAGCGGCGGAUUUACGACGUCAAUCUGAAAUGAUGAAUGUCAAAAUACAACAAGAAUUGGAACGGAAACAAGAACAAGCAAGAGCUACUCGACAACAAAGACAAGAAUUAGGUUACAAAACAAAUGCAUCUAUGGUGGAUGAUGACUUUCAUUCUCAAUUUGGUGGAUAUGAUGAUGAUGAUGACAAUAGUGAUAAACGUCAUCAUUUGGAACAUACGGAUGAUAUCAAAACGUUGGUAUUUGAAAAUUUGAUCACUACUCCCGUGGAAAAAGAUGAUGAUGCUCCCUAUCCAAAGAGGAUUUGCUUCCAUGCUGUUGUUUUGGGUCCAUGUCUUGGUCAAGGUUCCAUUAGUCAAACUUUUUCUGCUCAACCUCUUGGUUAUAAAGUGGUUGGUGAUUAUGAAAAUUCUGAAGAUACUGAAACUAUGAAUUUACCCUGCCUUUUGGCUAUCAAACGGAUUUAUAUCUCUGGAUCAUAUUAUAUGACACAAGCUGGCAAACGAAAGUUACAAGAUGUAGAAAGGGAAUUAGAUCGAUUACGCUCUUUACAACAUCCACAUAUUGUAACGAUUUAUGACGCCAAAUUGGAACGAAGUGACUCUGAUCAUCAAUCUUGGGUGAUGCAUAUUUUAAUGGAAUAUGAACAAGGUGGCAGCCUAUAUGAUUUACUUCAAAAAUGUGGUGGUGGUCUUCGUUUGGCUGUGGCUAGAAAAUACAUGAAACAACUUUUAUGGGCUAUCAAUCAUCUUCAUCUGAAUGGUUUUGUAUGCAAAGGAAUCUCAACCACGAAUGUGUUUUGUACUCAACAUCAAAUGGUCAAACUUGCUGAUAUUAGUUAUUCUAAACGUCUUCAUGACCUCAAUAAAUCGAACCCAUUUACUGGUGAAAAUGAAAAUGACAACAUCUCAAAUAUCUCACCAUCUUGGAUUUCACCUGAAUUACGUGAACGACCUGGGAUCUAUGGACGGAAAAAUGAUAUUUGGUGCUUGGGAAUCAUCUUUCUGGAAAUGUUAUGGGGUGUGGAUUUGACCAAGGAAUUUGGAGAUUAUGAUGCUUUCUUCCGCUCGGUUGCCAAUGAACUUUCUCCAGUUGCUGUUACUUUUGCCAAACGUAUGCUUGAACAUGAUCCCAAGAAACGUCCUACUGCAAUUGAUUUGUUGAACGAUCCUUUCUUUGCUGUUGACGCUACUGGUGUUAUGCGAGUGACUAGUACAAAUGAUGAACCCGAUCAUGGUACAUCAUCAUCAUCUUCCGCUGCUACCACAAAUACGAUCUCUGCAACUCAUAAUAAUAAUAAUACUUUGGGUGGCGAUAUGCUUUUGACUCGUUUGGCUGGAAAAGAUGAUCCUACAUCCUUGGCAAUGAGUCCUAUUGGCUAUGAACAACCUUCUAUGGCUCCUGAUCGUAUUGGUGGUGGACCUAUUUAUACUCCUGCUACUGAUGCAACACGUCCUUCUCAUAUUCAACCUCCAAUAUCCAAUGUUGGUGGUAGUGGUGGCAAUGGUGGUGGUGGUGGUGGUAGUGGUGGUGCUGGAAGUAUAUCUAGAUACAAGACUGAUUUUGAAGAAAUUGAAUUCCUUGGGAAAGGUGGAUUCGGUGAAGUGGUUAAAUCACGCAAUCGACUGGAUGGACGACUUUAUGCUAUCAAGAAAAUUAGACUGGAUCCUCGAGAUAGUGAAGGUGUUCGUAAAAUAUUACGGGAAGUUCAAACCCUCUCUAGUCUACAUCAUCAAUAUGUCGUACGAUACUAUGCCACCUGGUUUGAAGAUGAAGAUGGAACAACUUGGAAAGACAGUGAUGAUGAAGAUGAUUAUUCGGAUGAAUCGGAAUCGGACGAAUUUGAUGAUGAUGAUGUCAGUGUUUUGCAGAAACGAUAUGAUUUUCUUUCCAUGGAAAAAUCCAAGAGCAAAAGUUAUUCAGCAAUUCGUUAUGAAGUGGACAAUGAUGAUGAUGAUGAUGACGACGACGACGACAAUGACGGUAUUGGUACUGAAUCAGACGACACGGAUGAUAGCUCUGGCGAUUAUAUCUCCUUUGCCGUUUCCUCAGAAACAGAUGAAACAGGUAGCGACAAUACAGCAACGAGAAGCAAUAUCAACAGAGGCAACAUGGACAAUAAUAAAACUACUCAAUCCUUGGCGAAAAAAGUCAUUCAACAAUUUCGAAACAAUAGAGAUAUCAAGCAACGAAUCCGAAGCAAUGAUCAUCAAAAACGAACACAUCAUCAACGACCUCGUUCUACACGUGUAUUGUACAUUCAAAUGGAAUAUUGUGAAAAGAAAACGCUACGGGAUAUUAUUGAUGAAAAAGUGGAUGAACAAGAGAUAUGGCGACUCUUUCGACAAAUUCUGGAAGGUUUGGUACAUAUCCAUUCUCAAGGCAUGAUUCAUCGUGAUUUGAAACCCUCCAAUAUUUUCUUGGAUUCCAACAAUGAUGUCAAGAUUGGUGAUUUUGGUCUGGCUACAACAAAUCAAGCUUUAGUGGAUGUGGUCAAUACUUUUAUACGAACAAACAAUAAUCAUGGACUUGGUUUGGGAUUAGAUGGAACCAUUCAUCGACAUAUUGAGAACAACCAAAAUGGUGAUUCUAGUGCUGUUGGCAGUUAUACUGGAUAUUCAGCAACAAGUACUAAUUUGGGAAUCGAUGAAAGUAUGACGACAGGUGUUGGAACUACAUUUUAUGUCUCACCUGAAGUAUUACCUGAUCCAACCACUGGUGCUACCUCUGGUAUGCGAUAUAAUCAAAAGGUGGAUAUGUUUUCCUUGGGUGUCAUCUUUUUUGAAAUGUGUUAUCCUGUUUCCACUGGAAUGCAAAGAGCUAUUGUAUUGAAUGACUUGCGAGCUGGUAUUUUCCCUAAUGAUUUCCCAAAAAAUUACACCAAUCAACGUACCAUCAUCAAGUUAUUGACUUCUCAACAACCCAAAGAUCGACCCAAUAGUUUUGAAUUAUUACGAAGUGAUUUAUUGCCUCCAAAGUUGGAAGAUGAAUAUAUCAAGGAAUGCGUACGAACUAUUGCCAAUCCAAAUACUCCAUAUUACAACAAACUUAUGUUCGCCAUGUUCUCUCAAUCCUCGGAUCGACAUAAGGAUUUCACCUAUGAUUAUCAAUCUCAAGUGGAUAAUCAAUUUGAUCCUUUCUCUCAUAUAUUUUAUGAUCGUAUUCGUGAUCAAAUGGCCAAAGUAUUUCGACGACAUGGAGCCAUUGACGUAUCUGUUCCUCUUUUGAUUCCCAAGAAUGAUUUGUAUGAAUGGAAUUGGAAAAGUCCUGUGUAUGUGAUGGAUUCUCAAGGUUCUCUUAAUCAAUUACCUUUUGAUCAAACCGUUCCUUUUGCAAGAUAUAUUUCUCGGAAAAAAGGAUUUCCUGAAUUGAAACGAUUCACUUUUGAACCUGUCUAUCGUGAAAAUCCUAGUGGAGGUCAACCAGAAGUAGUAUUGGAAGCAGAUUUUGAUAUUGUACAUCGUGAUACAGCAGCUAUGGUGCCUGAUGCGGAAGUACUCAAAGUAGUGGAAGAAAUCUUGGAAGAAUUACCUCCAUACAAGAAAGGUGGUUUCCAUUUUAUGAUCAACAAUGCAAGUAUUACUGAUUUGAUCUUGGAUAAUUGUCGUGUACCUACCGAUUGUCGAAAAGGCGUUCUUGUUACUCUAUCCAGUUUGGCUCGUGGUACUUCCUUUUCUACCGUUCGUAAUGUGCUCAAACUUAAAUUCCAUUUACAACGAAGUGUUUUGGAUGAACUCUCUAUCUUUAAUAUUCAAGGCGAUUUGGAAUCUGUUAGUAAAAAAAUUGAUGGUCUUUUGGUUGGUAAUCAUAAAUCAAGAUUCAGGGAAUGGGUGAAUGAUUUACGUAUCUUACUAUCGGUGGCGAAAAGUAUUGGUAUUCGUCAUAAACUUAUCUUCCAUCCCUUACUAGUUUACAACAAUCAUUUUUAUACCGACGGAUUGGUAUUUGAAGCUAUUACUGACACGGGUGAAAACAAGAAAAAGGAUGUUUUGGCUGUGGGUGGAAGAUAUGAUAUUUUGAUUCAACACUUUGCUCAUCCAAAUGCAAGUGCAAAUCGAAAACUUCGAGCGGUUGGUGUCAAUAUUGCGGUACAGAAAUUGAUUCGACAUUUGGAUGAAUAUCAAUCAGAACAAAUCAAAUAUAUGGUCAAAGCAAAGAAUGAAAAAUUACGUAGUUUCGGUUUAUGGGCACCAAAAAAGAGUGACGUCUAUGUUGCAAGCUUUAACAAAGUCUUAUUACAAGAACGAUUAGAGGUGGUUCGAGAAUUAUGGGCUCAUGGGAUUCGAGCUGAAUUCCAAUAUGAUGAUCGUACGUCAUUGACACCUGAAGAAGUGGCCAACAACUGUCGUAAAGCCAGCAUCAAUUGGAUGGUGAUUGUAAAACAACAAAAACUGAAUGACAAUAGCAAAUUCAGUGGUAAUAAUAACAACAACAAUAACAGUCAUCGUCAUAUGUCAUCAUUACCAUCUUCAUCAUCGUCACAACCUUCAGUCUUGGAUGCAAGUACGACUGUAAAAGUCAAGGAUGUAUUACGGAAAACCGAAUCCGAAGUACCUCGUGCUGAGCUUUGUAUGUGGCUCAUGGCAGAAAUGGCAGAACAGGCGCGUGUGGAUCACAGUUAUACCGUGGGCAAGAUACCUCGCAAUAAGCAUGAUUUCAAGACCAAGGAUAGUCAUCAUCUAGGUGACUCAAAUUUGGAUUAUCCAUUGGAUAGUUCUAAAGGUGAAGGACAAGAAAAGAAGAAUGAUUUUGAUGUACAAGUGGUUUAUGCAGAAGAACGUGGCAAGGCUCGAACAAAAAUGAAACAAAAACGAAAAGCUGUUUUGGUGGACAAAGCCAUCCAUCAUUUAUCACCUAUUGUUGAUAGUCUUACUAAUGGUGAUAUUCAAGUCAUUGCUUGUGAUUUACCCAAGGAUCUUGUACGGCGGAUGAAUGAAUAUAGUUUUUGGUUGGAUGAUGGAUUCAAGAAAACUUUGGAGUAUGCAGAUGUGGGUCAACAACGGGAUACCCUGAUACGUGUACUUCAAGCUGUAACGAAACUGAUUGAAGCAAAACACCCAUGUGUCUGGCUUUAUACACACAAAGAUGAUUUUGCCGUCUUAUGUACAUUUACUUAGAAACUCUUUUUUUUUUUAUUUAUUUAUUUUAUUUUGGCAAUUCGUUAGUAUUCCUUUUUUAUUUGGAUGAUUUUAUGUGAAUAAAAAAAUUUUUAUUAUAUCAAAACUGCUUUUUUUUUUAUUGUUACCUUGUUUGCUUAACACUUUGAUUAGUUAGUUGGUGCCUGGUUGUUCAACUGUUGAUACUUCAUUUUGCUUUUUAUGAACAAUGAAUUGAG